CUCCGUUUUAGUUUUAGUAUCGACCUCCUUCACGGAGCAUCUCUGCUCGCCACCCUCCGUCUCCACCCUGCCAUCGUCUCAGCACCCGCGCCGCUUCCUCUGCAGGUGGAUGGAGGCUGGAAGCCCCGGAGACACGAGCCAUGCACGGGAAGCGCUGCUGUCAGACUGCUGAGCACCUCCCUUCGCGCCGGGGACCACAUCCUUAAAUGACCCGCGGCUGAGGAGGGGGUGUCUCCGGAUCCAUCGCCCGGAUCAUGGCAUGCUGCCCACACCGGGCAUUCAGCACUGACCAUGGGGCUCCGGUCCAGGACCAUCGCUAGCGGCUCGGAGGAGCACAAGAAGACCUCCGGCGCUCCUCCCGGGGACUUAUUGGACCAAGGCACAGGGGUUGCGGACAAGGAUGGCGCCCUGCUGCUGGUGGCUGCGGGCCGGGAUGACUACAAGCGGGGCUCUCAGGGCAUCGGCAUCGGGCUGCUGGCUAAGACUCCCCUAAACUACACCCGGCCAGCCAAGAGGAAUAACAUCCGCAAGAGGAGGAUCCAGAACCUGCUCUAUGACGCGCUGGAGAGGCCGAGAGGAUGGGCGCUGCUCUACCACGCGUUCGUGUGA